AUGAGAUGGAUUAGGUUUAUCUUCAUAUUGUUUACUAUAGCAGCCCCAACCCCUAUUUCAUCAUUAGUACAUUCAUCAACAUUAGUAACAGCAGGAGUUUAUUUAAUAUUACGAUUUAGAUAUUUAUUUAAUAACCACUUUUUAUACUUUGUUUCUAUUAUAUCAUCCUUAACUAUAUUUAUAGCUAGAUCAAGAGCAACUAUAAAAUUUGAUAUAAAAAAAAUCAUUGCACUUUCAACCUUAAGUCAAAUUAGAUUAAUAAUUUUAACAAUUACAAUAAAUUUACCUAAACUAGCAUUUUUCCAUUUAAUUACACACGCAAUAUUUAAAUCAUUAAUUUUUCUUUGUUCAGGAAUUAUAAUUCAUAAUUUUUAUAAUCAUCAAGAUAUUCGAUUUAUAUCUUUUAUAAAUUUAAACUUACCUUAUACUAAUUUAAUUUUUAAUAUCGCAUCACUAACUUUAUGUGGAUUACCCUUUCUUUCAGGAUUUUAUUCAAAAGAUCUAAUUAUUGAAUUUUUUUUAAUAAAAAAUUUUAACUGAUUAAUAUUUAUUAUAAUAUUUUUAUCUAUGGGGUUAACAAUUACAUACUCAUUACGAAUAAUUUUUUACAUCUCAAUAAAAAAUACAAAAAUUUCCUUAAUAAAUUUACCUAAAUCUUUUAAUUUAAUAAAUUACUCAAUUAUUUUAUUAUUAUUUAUAUCCAUAGUUUAUGGUUCAAUUUUAAAUUGAUUAAUAUUCUCCUCCCUAAAUAAAAUUUUUCUACCUAUAAAUUUAAAAUUAAUUAUUUAUAAAUUUAUAAUUUUAGGUAUUAUAUCAGGACUCACCUUAUCUUAUAUUAAAAUUAAUUUUUUUAAAAUAAUUUUUUUAAAAAAAAUUUAUUACUUUAACAAUAUAAUAUGAAUACUACCUAAUUUAUUAAAAAAAAAUAAAAAUAAUCUAAUAAAUUUUAAUAAUAAAUUAAUUUUUUUCAGAGAAACCUCUUGAUUAGAAAUAAUUUCAUCUAAAAUUUAUAU